CACGAGAUGAGCGCAGGUGUCCAGAGGGUACUAAUCAUGGCGUUUUCCUAUCCUUCGUGACGGCUCGUUGUCGUCAGUAACUUUUCUUAAAUACGUCGCAGUUCAAGUCUUGCAGCUUCAUCCAAGAGACUUCGCAGUUGAUCCUUUAAACCAUUAGGAGGUAAGCCAGAGAUGAUGCAGAUGGAGCCCCAGAGAGCCAUCAUUCCCGGCUCCAACGUCCAUUCAGCCGAAGAGUCAUGGAUGAAAGAGGAAGUCUCCACUGGCACAACACUGUUUGCAAUGGAGUUUGCAGAUGGAGUUGUGAUAGCUGCAGAUUCUCGUACUUCCACUGGGGUGGAGAUGGGAGAGAUGCCAUUGGUGCAGACAGCAGCAAACUGCUUUCGUGAAAUCUGCUACAACUAUCGAGAUACCCUCAUUGCUGGGAUCAUUUGUGCUGGCUGGGACAAGCAGGAAGGUGGUCAGGUAUAUUCCAUUCCAUUGGGUGGUAUGUUGGUAAGGCAACCUCUGACCAUGGGAGGCUCAGGUAGCACAUAUGUGUAUGGAUUCAUUGACUCUUACUACAAACCUAAGAUGUCCAAGGAAGAAGCUGUUGAUUUUGCCACCAAAGCUGUGGCUUUGGCAAUAUCUCGUGAUGGGUCCAGUGGAGGCAUUGUGCGACUGGGUGUCAUCACUAAGGAUGGCAUUGAACGGAGAAUUGUCCCUGGCGAUAAGUUGCCCAAGUUCUAUCAGGGAUAACUGCAGCUUUCAUUAAAACUUUCCAUAAACCUAGGGAAGCAGAGCCUAUUAGCAAAUGAGUAGUGAAAUAAAAUCAAGAUCUUUGUGACUGAAACAGACUGAAACAAUUUGCAUUAUUGAAAUUCUUAGAUACAGAAAUACAGGAAUACAGAAGUACAGAUAUAUGGAAGUAUGGAAAUCCUGAUAUCCUGAUACUCCAAAAGUAGAAAUCAUUGAAGUUGGCUUGGGGUAUGCCUUGUGCCUUGUGCCUGCAUUCAUUACAAGCAGUCUGUUUGACAGACACAGAGCAUCAAUGUGAAUACCUGCUAAUCUAAUGUGUUUUCUAUGAAACCAUCCUCAAAUAUCAUGCGCAAAUCUGUUAACUUUCUCAUUCCUUUCCCUGGUAACAGGGCUUUACCAACAGUGGUUUCAUGAUCUCCAGCUACAGAUCCUUCAUCUGGAAUUUGUGCACCAAUAUCUUGCCAUAUCAAUGAAAAGGGAUGAAUCGUGACAGGAUCUGUUUCAGCAGAUCUCCAAUUAAUUUUCAUUUUGCCUUUCUUUUCCCUUUCAUUUAUCAAUUAAUUUGGAAAUUCAUCAUGCAUAUGUCUAGAUACCAUGUCUGUCAGGGAGGUAGGGACAAAUCUGGUUGAAUCUUGAGUUUGUUUUUCUUGCUUGCUGGUCCACAUUUUGCAAGCAUUAUGAGAAAGAUUUCUUCUUUGUUUCCAUUCCUUUCUAAAACAUUUCUUUCUGUCUUGGUCCCAUUUCCUUUUCAUAGAGGAAAAAACUCCCCCAUAUCCUGUGGCUGUGAGUGGGAAAGGGGGCAGGGAAUAGAGGAUUAUGCCAUUAUCUCCAAGACCUGCUGUCUCUGGAGUGGUGUGGACGUCGUGGCCAUCAACCAUGAGGGUCACUGGUCUUUCAGUAUUCUCCCCACUAUCUGAGAGAAGAAUAUGUAUCAGAUUCAUACAAAAGUGCAGGUGUCCAUUGAUUCAGUGUGACUCAGACAUGUUCACUGCACCCUAAAUGUGCGAGAGAGAGUGAAGCUAUUUUCCAAUGUAGAUCACUUUCACUUAGGGUGGUGGGAUAGAUCCAUCUACAAUGCAUGCAAGAGUUGUUUACUUUCUUUCAGGUGGACCCAUGCGUGCAACAUCCCCAUAUUUUGCAAGUGCCUCCACCCUGCUUCCAUAAAGCCUUUUUCAUCAGAAUUCAACUAUUUUCCACAAUUUCUUUCAGGGAUAAAUAGUUUGUUGGGGAUCCAUUCGAAUUUACAGAGUGAUCUAACAAGUCUCACAAAUAUUUUUUUCCUUGCAGAUUGUAGAAACACAUUCUUCUCACCUGUUAGCGAAGGAGGUUUCUCAUUUCUUGUUAUGUAGGAUUUUUUUUCACAACCUUCUGGGAGUUCAUUUUGACACUGCCAAUCUUUCUAGGUCAGCAGCUCAAUGAAGGCAUUGUUCCUCUUCUGACAGCAUUGUCUGUGGAUUCAGAGAUGAAAGUGUGGAAAAACCACCUCCUAUUCAUCAUUUGAUGUGGUUUUUGCAGGAAAUCAAUACUUUUUUAGUUGCAUUUUUUACCUUAGAUAUGACCCGUUUGCACAUCUGCCAAGUCAACUUUCAGGUCCUUUGCUGUGUGCAAACAAAGGUUUGUUCAAGCUCCCCCCUUCAGGCCCCUUACACUUUGCCUUUUUCUUGGUUUGUAUUUUUCAAUUUUUUUAGUGCUCCUUUGAGUUUGAACAUUGAUGAUUAGGGUUCAAUGAAAACAAAAGAAUGAGUUAAACCUGGAGAAGAAAGAAAAAAAGGGCAACAGGAAAAUCUCAAAGGCACAUGUGAGUUUCUUUUGGCAUUAAGGCAUUGCUUCUACAAAAUAGUAUUACAGAAUUCAUGUACACAACUCCAAACAAUAUAUUUGAAGAACUAAAGGGAGUGUGUAUUUCUCCACUAAGGUGAGGGGAAAAUCAAAUGCAUAUCCAUCCCUUCUCAUUAUCUCUAUUCCCAGAAGUGUGGAAUGGCUGCUUCAGUUUGUGUGCAAGUUCAUCAUGUCAUCAUAAAGCACCAUAAAGCUUAUGAUUAUAUUUCUCUUUCUGUUUUAUAAACUGGGGCCUACAAACUAUAUUGCCUUGUAUCAACAAUUGUUCUCCAUAUUCAGUUGAGAAACUCAUUGACUACUACUUAUUAGAUAAAAAUCCUUGCCUUAGAUGGCCAGGUAAAAAAUGCCCCUUCCAUUCUGCUGCCAUGGCAAUUCUGUCAUGAAGCAAGUAGCAUCUAUGGAAAAAUUUUAAAUUAGUGCAAGAAUGGAGUGUGAAACCAAAGAAACAGGGCAUCAGUUCACAUCACAGGGCCCCUUAGUUGCUAUCUGGUUCUGCUUCCCUAUUGCUCUAAUGCUGGAAAUUUAGGAAAGUGUUGCUAAAAAACCCCGUUUAUGUCAAUAAACAGAUAAAACAUACAGAA